UUGUUGUAGUUACAGUAUAAUUACCACAGUCUGAGCUAACAAUUAAUGAACCUGUUACCAGGUUCCGGGUAAUAUUUGCUGUUUCCUGUGUCUCGAAACAUAACGAUCUGGAACUUACCUAGACAACAUUUUUUUUCCCGAAAGCGGAACACUACUUACUAGGCAACUUUCUUGGUUUUGAAACACAGCUGAUCUGAUUUGAUUAGCUACUACAACAUUACAGACCGUCCAUUACUGCAGUCUUUAAUUAAUAACAUGAAUAUGCCAAUAUUCAGCUGUCUUUCUCGUUUUGAUUUGUAUGUCUCAUAGAACAAAAUGACUGUAGAAGUUGAGAGAAAAUUCGUUUGUGAUGCAGAAAUUAUGGGGAAACUACAAGAUAUCGGAGCUAAAUGCAUCGGUCAUCGGCAGUUCAGAGACCAGUACUUUGACUCCCCAGAUUUCAUCCUCACGCUAAAAGAUUUCUGGCUGAGAUGCCGAGAGGGAUUGUGGGAGUUGAAAUGCCCUGCAGUUUCAGGAACUACAGCUGGCAAUGACACCGAGGCCCUUUGUACACGAUACAGAGAGAUAACCAGUCUCCCUCUGAUUCACUCAGAAGUCAGCAGGAUAAUCAGGGAAUGCACCGCUGAAGAGAGGGAAUCAAAUUCCUCACAAAGGGAACAAAUUGACAAAGUCGCAGAAAAUGAGGACACCGAGAUCUGUUCAGCAGAUGACACAAAGUGGCUGGAUGACCUCAAUCUGGUCUGUUUUGCCGAGUUCAAGACCGAGCGCUGCUCUUACACGCUAGAGAGGGAGGCCGGUGUGGUGCGGGUGGAUCUGGACCAGGCUGAUUUCGGAUAUUGUGUGGGAGAGAUUGAGGUUCUGGUGCCUGAAGGAGUUGACAUGAGUGCAGCUCUGCAGAGGAUCGCAGGCAUUGCUGUAGAACUGGGUUUAAGCUCUGAGAAGAAAGUUAAUGGGAAAAUGCAUGUUUACCUUCAAAGAUAUCGGCCUGAACACUAUGCAGAGCUUCUUAGUGCUCACAUCUUAUAAGGAAUCAUUAGUGUAACAUAUCAUUUGUAGUUUUGAAAUUCUGUUUCAUUUAUGAUUCAUCCUUAAUGCUCAUAUUUUAAUGAGAAAAAAAGCACUGGUGACAUAAUUUAUAGUGUCUUAUUGUGAUUAACAAAUAUAUUACUUGUGUUUUAUGCGAGGUACAAAAGUCAAUCAAUUACACAGUAGUCAAUUAAAAAAAAAUUAUGGUAUAUAGGUAGUUAUAUGUCAUGGCAAUUUGGGUUAGUUAAACAUAUCUGAUUAAAAAUAUGAAUACGUUACAAGUUUCUGUGAUUUACAACAGUAAAUUUUUUUCUAUUUCUGUUAUAUAAAUUUGAGGUUUUGAUUUAUAUGAUUGCUCUCUUUCUAACAAAAUGACAUGUAUCAUGGACAUUAGGUAACAGCAAGCUCUUCAAUUAAGUGUGCAAUAAUUUUUAUGAGUUGUAUGUAAGUUUGAUGUGUUAGAUUGUCUGACCAAUAGAAUCACGUCCUAUACGAAAAUAUUAAA